GGAGAAAUAUACAUAAUGUUUCUUUAUUUAGGGAACCUGGUAUAAUACCUGUGGUUGACUGUAAAAGCUAUAUAUAAUUCCAUUUAAAAUCAGAGUGGAGGUGGCUUAUUGGUUAGAGCGCUAAAAGAGCUUGAUAGCAGUGAUACUAUAAAAUAAAAUAGUACAGAUGAGUGCUAAUUGUGCAUAGCCAUGUUGUUUUUUUAUGUGCGAGCCCUGCCUGCUGUUGGCUGUAGUGAGUAUUUAAAGAGGACAGUCACAUGGGAAGGGGCAGGAAUGAUUAAGUUAAGGAGGGAGCUGCUGAAACAUAUCAGUCUGAGAGAGUGUAGAAGCUGGUCUGUUUUGAGAAGGUAAAUGAUGCUAUCAAUAAUGCGUUGAAUAGCCGUAAUCUCCUGAUAACCUCAGUGGAGCACUAAAUGGGUGCAGUUUAUACUUUGUGCUGUCACACUGACGAAAAAGAAGAGAAGAAUGCUAUAUUAUGUCGCCGGUCCUCUAGUAAGGUCACAGUGUCAAGUGAGAGUGAGGUCCAGCUGGAGGGUGUUUCCAGACAAGAAAAGGAAAGGAAUUUAUGGAGAAGUCCUCAUACCUCAAGCUCUUUAACUGAUGGAGAAUCAGACCAGGAGCUCCAGGCUUUCAUCAUGAUGAGAAAUCAGGUGGAUAAAGACACUGAGGAGUGGGAGAAGUUAAACUAUGAUAUCCACACACUGAAGUGUGCUCGCCGAGAGGUGUGUGCUCGCUGGAAAAAGAUCCUGCUUCUGUUAGGCUACCAGAUGGAGGUGGACUCACUGCUGGCUGUGAAUAAGCAGAGUAUUCUGAGGGAUGGAGAUGACAUGGAGAGAGCCAAGGAGCUGCUGUACACAGUGUGUGAGCAGUCAAGCCUGUUCCCCCACGGAGUGGAACCCAAUGACAGAUACCUCUUCAUUAUGGAUCGACUGAUAUCUCUGGACAGCGCGGAGGACUUUGUCAGACUGGCCAAGGAAAAAUAUCCGAGAAGGGAUGAUUUUUUUGAAAGAAACUGUGAGACUUAAUUAUAUAAAGUGUGUGUGUGUGUGUGUGUGGGGAGAGACUGUAUGAAAUAAGGAACCUCUAAGCUUUAAAUAUGUUUGAUAAUGUAAUCAAACUUUCCUUUUUAUAGCAAUAUUAAAUAUGAUAGAUAUUAAACAAAUUAAAACAAAUGAAACAAUAUUCAUUAAGGUAUGUGAAUGAAGUUUUAAACUAUGGCUACAUUUUAAGACAACAUUUCAGUUCUGCUGACUUUUUUAUAGUUAUUGUUUAGUUACUUUUGUCUGUGUUAAUCCCUGUUCAGUGAUUUUCCUUACAUUUUUUUACUUCAGUAUUUUAGACAUUUUAUGACAGUAGGAAUGUUCUAUAAAAAAGCUAAAAAUAUUUUCUUGAAUGUAAUUAAUGCAUUUUUACUAGUCAUUAGCUAUUAGCAACACGCAUUUGUCUACAAUGUUUCAUAAAUAAAUAGUUCAACAUUAACAUUUUUCAAUUAAAAAUUACAAUUUACAUACAUUUUUAACAAACAUUUUAUUAUUUUUUUUUAAUUAGUGCAGUGUUUUGUGCUGUACAUGUGUUAAGUAAUCAAAUGAUAAUUCAAAUGUAAUAAGUAAAUAAAUUGUAUUUUUCAGCACAGAGUUUACCUACAUUAAAGCUGAAACUUUGUGAUGCACAGGUCCCAAGUCCUGGUCCUGUAGUAGACCCAGUCCUGCACAUAUUUGUGUUUUUCCCUAAUUCAGCUAAUUAAGGCUUUCCUGGGCUGAAGUUUUGCAGAGCUGGAGAGCACCAAAAAGCCCAGUGCUAUCUUUUUUCGUGUAAUUUGUAAAUGUCACCACAAGGUGUCAGUAUUAUCUACUUUUUAGUGCUCUAGUCUAGCGGUUCUCUUAUGCUAGGGUCCUGAUAAGCACCACCAGUUGUUUGAAGAUGUUCAAUAUCUUUUUAUAAAAAAGUAUUAAACUCUGUUUCAUAACUCA